AUGGACGCGGGCUAUUCCUACCCAGCGCCUCCUGGCUCCGAAGCCGAGUUUGACCCGACACCGGCCCCAGCUCAUCCAACCCCGGCGCCCUCCCUCCCAGCGUACUCGAACGGAGGCCGCGAUGGGGCAGAGGGGGGCGCAGGUCAAUAUACCGGGGCGGGCUUACAUAUGGGCGAUGGCACAGUCCACAGUUUCUCGGAAGAAGAUUUUCGACAAAUACUCGAGAGCCAAUGGGGCCAUGACGCUCUCAACGGUUUUCUUCCCGCACCUACUGCUGGCUCGAGUGCGUUCCCGGCUGUUGGCCUGGCUCCCAUGGCUGAGAUGGAUGUGGCCGGCCCCGGCGUGGCUCUCGGCUUUAGCCAGCAUCCCGGCUUUGUGCCCGCUGCCAGUCCGCCUCCAGGUGUUGGCCCACAUCCCGGCUUCAUGCCCAACGUUGGUCCGCCUCCCGGUGGUUACCACCCUUCCGCCUUCGGACCGGCCGCCGCGGCCCCAGCUUUACCUGGCUUUAUUGCUCCCGUUGCCCCCGGCAAUGCUGUUGGCCCGAUUGCUCCUCAAGCUCAUGCUGCCCCCGCCCCCCCCGCCGGGAUCGUCGUCCAACAGCCGCUGUACCCCCCCGGCUUCCGCAUCCAGGACAACCUGGUCCUGCGCCACGACUGGCCGCAGGGCCUUCUGCAGCCGUCGCCGAGGCACUUCACGUACGAGCGAAGCGGAAACCCAAAGCCGGCGCAAGAUAACGCAGUGUGGUGCAACAGCUGUGAGUACUGGCUGUGGGAACCCUGCUACGAACGCGCUCCGCUGAGCGCGCGGGACAGAGCUCGCUGCUGCAACCGUUGCCACUGGCGCAAGAAGAAGGCUCGCGGCAUGGGCUUGCACGAGUGGAUGCUUGCUGCUCAGCCGAGAAUGAUGCACCUCCUCAAGAAAGACCCGGGCUACGUCGCCUAA